AAAUGGAGCGGCGCAAUCAAGUGUUCAAGAAAGUAACGGAGCUCUCCGGGAACAAAACGGAAGCUCUGGACGCAUUUGAUGUGGCUCUAUUUCGAUUCGACGGAGGCCGACAACUUUGUCCUCACCGACCUCGAUGUUCGUUCAUCACCAAAACGAUCCGUACCUUGGAUGGCACUUGCAACAACAUCGCGGAACCCACCUGGGGUAGCAGUGGGGUCGCGUUCCUUAGAUAUCUGGAACCAGAUUAUGCCGACAAGAAGGGACUCCCACGAGGUGGAACGAAAGAUACUGGAAAAGGAGGCAAAACACCCUCCACCGUCAGUUCGUCGUGCAUUGAGAGUCGAGACCGAGCCCUGCCCAGCCCGAGGGAAAUCACUCGAAAGUUCCAUCUAAGUAGAAAUCAAUCAAGUAGCACUCACUCAGAUAUGUUAAUGCAAGUUGGACAGUUCCUGGAUCACGACAUUUCCCUGACUCCGCUCUCGAGAGUUCGAGGGGACUGCUGCCGUUCAAGAGAUUCCAAUUGUUUCCCUUAUUCCAUUCCCAAGGGUGAUCCCACUUUUCGAAACUGUUUCUCUUUCAUGAGGUCCCUAGCUCAUUGUGAGGAUCCUCGAAAAGUGCGAGAGCAGCUCAAUGCGGCCUCAGCUUUUGUGGAUGGCUCUCAAAUCUAUGGGGACACUGUGAGCAAAGCCAACUCAUUACGUCAACGAUCUGGCGGAUCCAUGCGAAUCAGCAAUGAUGGUUUCGGCCUUCAACCCAGGACUGGAUUUGGCGACUCCCGAGGCACCUCUCAUCCGAUGCUGAUCUCCAUCCACACCCUCUUCAUUCGGGAACACAAUCGCAUCGUGCGGGAAUUGGCGGAACUGGACCCGAAAAUGGCUCGAAGCGAUGAGACGACCUUUCAAUUGGCCAGAAAGAUCAUGAUCGCUCAAUGGCAAAACAUUGUGUACUCGGAGUACCUGCCUCAAAUUCUAGGAUCUGCCAAUGCUGACAAAUUCAAUUUAGGUGUGUCGCGAAGGACGAUCUACAACCCCAAGAUAGACCCGUCCCUGAGGAACGAUUUCUCCACCGUCGCGUACAGAUUUGGUCACAGUCAAGUUCAAGAUUCUUACAAGCAAAUCGACACCAGUCGUGCGCAAAGUUUCAGAGACAUCAGGCUGAAGGACGAGUUCUUCAAAGAUCGAAUCGUGGAGGAGGACGGAGGUCGGGGGGUGAACCGCAUUAUUGACGGCCUUAUGGAACGAGGCGUUCAGAACACGGAUCGCUUUUUCUCGGAAACAAUCACUGAGACUCUCUUCGGUGCCAAACUGGACUUGGUCUCCAUUAACAUUCAACGCGGACGAGACCACGGUAUUCCAAGUUACAACGAGUACCGUCGAUUUUGCGGCCUGAGCCCGGCCUGUUCUUGGUCUCAGUCUCCUCGAGAGAUUCCGCCUCAAGAUUGGAAGAGCUUGAGUGGGAUUUACCAGAGCCCCUCGGAUAUUGAUUUCUUUGUUGGUGGGAUGGCAGAGGAGCCUUUUGAAGGUGGCGUUUUGGGUAGGACCUUCAAUUGCAUUGUGGGUCGUCAAUUCAGUGCCUUAAAGGACGGAGACAGGUUCUUCUUCACGCAUCGAACUGGGAAUGGCGUAGCGGAUGCUCUCACGGAUGCAGAAUUCCAAACGAUAAGCAAGAGAACCCUCGGAGACAUCAUUUGUGACAACACCGAGGUGAAGACUGUCAAGAAAGAGGUGAUGGUGCUGAACUCAAGCCCCAAAUGUUGUCAUCAACGCAAUGCACUGGAUUUGACGGCAUUCCUCGCCUCAAGGCCGUAGUGUGGAAUGUUCCAAAGGAAAUAGCACACGCACUUGUUAAUGGGCUGGAACUUUCCCAGCCUUCCUUCUCGAUGCUUCUCUAAUUCAAACCAAGUGUACCAAUGUGUUGAGGCACUUGUUCCAUUUAAAUGUCUUGGGUGUGUUUCGAAUCUGUCACAAUCGUUGAAAGUAGGUGACGGGUUGAAUACUAUAUGAGGUGGGGGAAAGGACGGAUUCGUCCCAGAUAACGUUUGUAAAAAGGUCUUGUAAUGUGUGUAAUGUUGAUGUGGAAUAAACUGACUGUCCAGCC